AUACCCAUCAAUUUAUCUGCACUGCAGUUUUCUGUAUGCAAUAAAAACCAAUGGCUUCUGUCAUCUUUUUCGUAAAGAGUAUUGUUUUUUGUAUGGCUUUGGUGUUUUGCUGGAGUGCAUUGACUGAGGCGGCCCUUAGCCCUACGUUCUACGAUACAAAGUGUCCACAAGCUUUAAAGAUUAUAAAAACAACAAUAGCGCAAGCAGUGGCAAAUGAAUCAAGAAUGGGCGCAUCCUUACUCCGCCUCUUUUUCCACGAUUGUUUUGUUCAAGGCUGUGAUGGGUCUGUACUGUUGGAUGAUACAGCGAAUUUCACAGGAGAGAAGGGUGCAGGACCAAACUUCAAUUCGCUCAGAGGUUUCGAAGUCAUUGAUACCAUUAAGUUGCAAAUUGAAAGUGUGUGUAGUGGUGUAGUUUCUUGCGCUGAUAUUCUCGCAACAGCCGCUCGUGAUUCCGUUGUACAGUUGGGAGGUCUGACAUGGGAUGUGCUGCUGGGAAGGCGAGAUGCGAGGACUGCAAGCAUAACCGCUGCAAACAGGAACCUUCCAGGCCCCACUUCCAGCCUCAGCAAUCUCAAAUCAGCAUUUAAAGCCCAGGGAAUGAAUGCAACCGAUAUGGUUACACUUUCUGGUGCCCAUACAAUCGGCAAUGCUCGCUGCCUUUUCUAUAGAUCUCGUAUAUACAGUGAAACCAACAUAGACCAGACUUUUGCGGCUUCUCUACAGGCAAACUGUUCGAGUAAUAGUGGCCCUACUGACAACAAUCUUGGGUUCUUAGAUGUCACAACUCCUACUCUAUUUGAUAAUGGCUACUACCAAGAUCUGAUAAAUUUUAAGGGUCUUUUCCACUCAGACCAGGCAUUGUUUAAUAACGGCACGGCGGAUGCUCAAGUUACUACAUACAGUUCUGAUCAAAUUGCUUUCUUCAAUGAUUUUGCCGCUGCAAUGAUUAAAUUAGGAAACAUCAAACCUCUCACCGGAAAGAAGGGGGAGAUUAGAAAGAACUGUAGAAGUGUUAAUUGAUGUCUAAAACGGGCGUAAGCCCUCU